GAAUGGACUCUCUUUUUGAAACCAACCUUCCCUUUAGUGCUAUUCCUAUUCAAUAAUAUCCGAUAAAUCAAUUAACUCACUACUCUAGAAACUAAUCUCUUCAAAAAUCUGAUUUUUCACCUUAAUAUAUGCUUUUAGAUUUAGGAGAGAUGUGCAAUGUAAGAUAUCUCCUCAUUGAAAAUCUUAAAUAUGGAUGUGAAAUCUCAGUUUAAGUUAGUGAAUUUAAAAAUGGUCCUUUUAUUUCUGUCCAUAAUAAAUAAUUCUUUCCUCAGCAUAAAUUAAGAAGAAUUAAAUUAUCAGCACUCCCAUGUAAAUUUAUUAGAAUCAUAAUCCAUAAAGGAGUACAUAUUUAAACAAAUCAAAUCAAACUAAUUGGUUCUACAAAUGAAAGAUUAGCAGAAGAAGGAUAUUUUAAUGACUUUAAAUUAUUAGUCACUAAUCCAUCUAGAAUUAUGUAUUGA